AAGGCAGAAGGGGUGCGCGCGCCCGUCCGUCCGCUCCCGUGUGUGGACUCUCCAAAAAUGUGCUAAGAAUCACAAAAGCCGGAUCUCUUAGGCUGGAAAUUAAACGCAACAGCUGUUCAUCAGUUGUAAGGAUGUAAACAAGAUCACCGGUGGAGCUUCCCCAUGCACCUACAUCCCUUCCAUUCUGAUUGUCUAGAAUGUUCCUGAAGACGGUUCCUCCGGCUGUGGCUAUUCAUUCAGAAUGGAGGUCCAGUAAGAGCUGCAGCCUGCCUCUCUAUUUCAAUGACAGUGCCUCCGACAGCGACCUUGCCUCAGUUAGUGGCACCCCAUUCCCACAGAAGAUCCAGAUGAUAAUUGAGAGCCUUCACAGUACCCAGUCUUCGGGCAUGAAUGAAAACGAGCAGGCUGAAAAGGCUGCUCAUUCCAGUCACGAGGCUGGCUACAAGGGUCAGAUGCGACUCAUGGACAUGUCGGCGAGAACCCGGCGAUCAGGGUCAGACACUAAGCUGCAGAACAACAGGUCUGAUGCUGGUGAUGAUUCUGAUAGUGAUGACUCUGUGGACAGGAGCAUUGAGGAGGCCAUUCAAGAGUAUUUAAAAGAGAAGGUGGACCACAAACGCAAAGGGGAUCCAGUGACAAGUUCGCCCCCAGCGCCCAAACUUCAGCGGAGGGAACCAGAUGCUCCGAAGCAACAGACACAUUCCAGCAGUGCUAAGGUGCUGACUGCUAGCAAUCAUAUCCAGAGACUCUCAAGUGGGAUGGUGGCCUUAAAAAAGAAAGUCAAAAAGAAGCAGCUGAGCAAAGAAAAUCCCUUUAAGAAAGCAGAUGCGAGUAAAGUUUUGCCCGUAAAAAGUCUUCCUCCACCCAGAGCUAAAAAAGGAUCCUCCUCGUCUUCUGAGAUGGACAAGUCUCCACCGCGUCUUGUCAUUAAAGAGGAAGAGGAAUGGCUUGAUUCAAGCAGCGACGAUGGCAUUGAAGAAGAGAUUCAGAGAUUUCAGCAGGAGAAAAAAGAAAAGCAGGAAGGUGAUAGAGAUGUUCAGAGAUCUCCACAAAAAAUGAAGGACUCCGAUUCAAGCAGUGAUGAAGGUAUCGAGGAAGCCAUCCGUCGCUUCAAGGAAGAAAAACACAAGCAGAAGAAAAAUAAAAGUCUUCUCAAACCUGCCCAACUUGUGCCUGCACAACGUAGCAAACCAGCCGUUGCUUCUCCAGAACGCAUGAGCACUCAACCACUCAAAGUGCUGUCCAAGAAGAACAACAUAAAGAAAUUGUCAACCAAUAAGUCAAAUCUCCCAACACCACUGUCCGUAAGCCACUUUCUGAACAAGUGUACAUCCCAGCCCACUAAAGCAAAAACCAUUACAGCUUCUCCAACAAACCCAAAACAAGCCCAGACAGAACAUCAGAUCCACUCCAGUCUGAAGGUCAACACUGCUGAACUAAUGUGUGCAGAGGCCAUUCUGGACAUCUCCAAAACCGUCAUGCCUGAAGUGUUUGAGUCAAGCUUAACUAUUGCUAAUAGAAAUUUGCUUCCGACACCAGCGUUCACCUCUGUCGCACCUCCCGAAGAUAAAAGCGAUGACAGCUCCAUUGACAGUGAGGACGGCAUUGAACAAGAGAUAAGGAAAUUUUUGGAGCAUAAAGCAAUGAUGAACAAAGAGCUUCCAGCAACAGCAGGUGCACCUCCACCAGCUUCAGAAGAUCCCUCAGCAAGUAAAGAGCCAAAGAAGAAGCUGAAAGAAACCCAAGCGAAAAAAACAGUCAGGCUCUCCUUGUCAAAAAAGCGCAAGUUCAAAGAGGAACAAUGCAAACUUUCCAGAGAUCAAGACAUGGUUUUGAAUGUUAAAGAGGAGCCUCCUGGGACACCUCUGAUCCACAGUGACUCCACCAGACCUGAGCUUUCUACCACUCCCACUGCGAUGUCACAUUCAAGCAGUGUGAAAAAUAACAAACUGAAGCAGAACUCUCCUCCUCGCAAGGGUGCAGAUGAUGUAACUAAAGACAAAGUUUCCUCUUGUAGUGCAUCCAGCCCAAAGGCUGGUAUUGGCUCUGAGAGAAAUGACAGCAGUGACAAAAGCAGCUCCUUGGACAGUGAUGAGGAUUUAGAUGCAGCAAUUAAAGACUUACUUAAGACGAAGAAAAAAGUCAAGAAGAAGGUACGGGACUUGAAGGCAAGAAAAAGUGACAAACCUUUUGAGGUGUUAUCUUUGGAUGCCAUGAAAAAGCAGAAGUCUUUAACAGAGCAGAAGAGUAUCCCACUUAACAAGCUUGUUAAAUCUAGCAUCUUGAAAGGUGGCAAAGAAUCCCUGAACAUUCAGGCUAAAAAUGACAAGGGGCCUAAAACCAAACCAGUUAAAGGCAAAUGUGAAGUUCAAAACUUCAAGCUUUCUAAAAGCCUUUCACAAACUGACAAGGUGACCGGGAAUGGAGGGAUUUCCUCAGCCCCAGGUGGAGACACACUUUCACCCAGUCUGCAUGCAGAUGACAACAGUGAUGUGGACAGCGAUGAUAGCAUUGAGCGAGAGAUCAGAAGAUUUCUAGCUGAAAGAGCUAAGGUGUCUACACCUAUAACCACAAACAUCAAACAUGAGGAGAAGGGCACAAACUCCUCCUCUGCAGAGACUGAGAAAAAAACAGAUCUUCAAAAGACUCAAAUUGAAACUUCAGUAUCUGCUUCGACAUCAACCUCCAGUAGACUCUGGAAGACUGAACUCACAGGCAUGUCCACAAAAUCUACAGAAACACCUGCAGAACUCAACAAGGGACCAGUCCUGACGCCAGGCAGCUCUUGCAUUAUGGGUUUCAGGAGGACUGAAAGUCAAAAACUUGAGAACUCUGCUCCAAGAGAUCCAAUCAAUGGCAGCUCCCAGACAGGCAAGGACACUCCGACAAGUCAUGCCAUCAAAUCUAAUUCCUUCACACCACCAUGUUUGAACUCAGAAACUGCUCGGCCAUUGGGUCACCAGCACCAGAACCUGUUCCUGAUGAGGCCUGUUAACAACAGAAUGAGUGAAACUUCCUCAAGAAACAGUAAUGACAUUCCCAUCAGCCACCAGAGUAGAUCAGCCCCAAGGAUACCUUUGAGGGAAGUCAUUACUUCCCUUUGUCCCUCGCCUCUCUCAAAAACUCAGAUUAAUUCCCCUGCUGUUGACCUUUCAACCUCUGUACCUCCAUUGAGCAGGAGAGAGGGUGUUUACAUGCAUAACCGCCUGAAAAGGGACCGACAUUUCUCUGAUAGGCCACACAUAUCCUUCAGCACCUCACAUCUGUGCCAGCCCUCGCCAGAACUGCAGUCCCGCCAGGGCAUUAGUGUAAUUCAGGUUCAACGGGACCAGGCAGUGUUAUUUCAGUCGACGAACCGCCUGCAGGUCAGCCAAACUGAGGCCACUGCAAGUUUAGCAGAAAUACAAAGGGAGGGAGGAAGUGUUAGCAAGGAGGAAAAAGAGCAGGAAGAUGAGGAAGAGAAAUGUAUUGAUGAGACAGAUGUAGAGUCAGAUGAGGAAAGGAAAGAUCAGAAGACAAAAGACACGAGCAAGCAGACCAAUAAUCAGUGAGUACCUAUAUUUGUUCUUUCCGAAUACACACACAUAUCAGUGAUCGAGGAGAAAUCCCAAUGCAUAUCCAAGCUAUUUAUCCAUCUAAGAUGCAAAAUCUUGAACAAAUUGUCUUUAAUUGAAGUGAUUUAAUGAGUGUGUUGGUCAUUAGUUCAGAUGGAUGACCCACAAGUAUUUUGAAAGAUCUUUCCAAACAUUCAGCCGAAAUUUUCCUUCGGUGUAAAACAUUAGCUGAUUAUUUUAGCAUUAGCCUGACGGACUGCGGCGCUGGAGUUCAUCCUGCAUUAUCAUCAUUUCUGUCUUUUUUGUACUGUAUUGUUUAGGUUCCAAGGGACAUCACGUAGGAGUCUUUAAGUGUACCACAUCCUCUCUCUUUUUUUUUUUUAUGUUUGUACAUUUAUAAAUAUAUUUAAAAGCAGACGCGAUGUCAUAAAAAGAGAUUAAACUUGUUUAUUGUUUUCGUCUUGUAUUUUCUCUGCAGCAUUUCUGAAUGGAUUCUGCUUUACAAACUUUGCUUGACAACUUUUUCAGAUUCGUAUCGUUUUUAGAUUGUCAUAUUCAAGACUAUGAAAAGUAAAUGACGGUUUCUAAAAAGAUUUAUGACCAUGUCAUUGCUGAGUUUACAUAUUGAAUAGUUUUCCAGGUUUAAAAAAUAUAGAUUAAUCAGAUUUUGUUUUUCUGCACAUUAGGGUUGUCAUGACACUGGAAUUUGCCACCCAUCAUACUGAAAUAUUAAAAAUGUCUAUCUCCCGCUAACAUUUGAGCGCUGUUGAGCACAUUCUUAAGCGGCGCUGAUUUGCUAUUGUGUUCAUGUGCUCAACAGAAAUAACUGUGAUUGGCUGUGAAGGUCAUCAGUUCACCGAACUUAUCGAUGUUUACUUGGUGUAUAGAUACAGGGACACUGGAGCAUUUCAAAGUCACGUCGAUCAGCUGGUUAGGCUAUAAACUGGCAUAUGAGUAAUCCGCUGAUGAAUCGUGACAUUAAAGCACUCCAGUGUCCCUGUAUUUGUGAUUACACUCAGUAAACAGCAGUGUCAAUGGCCAAUAGACAAUAUUAUAACGAAUCGCAAUUUAAUUUAUGUCAAUAACAAUAAUAAGCUCUGGACUUUUUUUACUCCAUAUUGAUCUAAGAGCCAAUCACACAGCAGAAAGGUGUAACAAUGGGAAUAUAGAAGUGUGUUGAUAUUACAGAUGCACCGAAUUUUAGGCUGCCAAAAGUUAUCGUCCACUGAAAAUGUUAUGUUAUUUAAUGGACCCUCUAAUUUUUGUGGCUUCAACAUGCCAGAUCCAUAAUCCCGAUCUGUUCCUGGACCUCGUAAUUCACAAAUUAAGCACUGGUUACAGCCUUAUUCCAAAAUGGAUUAAAUUCAUUUAUUUCCUCAAAAUUCUACACACAAUACCCCAUAAUGACAAUGUAGAAAAAUUGUUUUUGAAAUUGAUGCAAAUUUAUUAAAAAUAAAAAACCUGAAAAAUCACAAGUACAUAAGUAUUCACAGCCUUUGCUCAAUACUUUGUUGAUGCACCUUUGACAGCGAUUACAGCCUCAAGUCUUUUUGAAUAUGAUGCCACAAGAUUGGCACACCUGUCUUUGGGAACCUCUCAAACUCUAUAAGGUUGGAUGUGAAGGCGUUCCAGGAGGGCAGUACCUUCCUUCUGGCCACUCUACCAUACCAUACAGGCCUGAUUGGUGGAUUGCUGCACAGAUGGUUGUUCUACUGUAAGGUUCUCCUCUCACCACAGAAGAACGCUGGAGCUCAGACAAAGUGACCAUCGGGUAAUUGAUCACCUCCCUGACUAAGGGCGUACUCACACUAUCUACAGUUGCCUUGAACCAGGCUGAAGCAUGCGUGUCCCUCUCCCGUCUCCCCGACGGUCCGAACUCACAUUACAUUCAGGCCUGGGCACGCUUUCGUCAUCAAUGAUGCGUUGUUCAGUUAGCGCUUUCGCUCAGCACAGUGGAUAUUUCUUUAGUUAUAUUGUUUUAGUCGUUUGGGAUACAGUGAUACGCAGUCAAAUAUUUCACCGAACAGAUUAGCCACUUUUGACGCUCAUAAACAACCAUAAAUUAGGAAUUUGGAGGUUUGCUAAAGGUGCAGCUGUUGUGUUGUGAGGGGUUUGCGUCUUUAAUAAUCUACGACAGUUUGCGAUCAUUGAACAUUAAGAAUGAUGUAUAAAUCCAAAUGAAACAGUCCCUUAAAAGUCACAUCUUGUCUUCAGUUUCGGGCUCAGGCGCGGUACGCUUGUAGUGGUGGUUCCAAACAUCUUCCACUAACGGAUGAUGGAGGUCACCGUGAUCAUUGGAACUUUCAGAGCAGCAGAAGUUUUUCUGUAACCUUCCACAGCCUUGUGCCUCGAGACAAUUUUGUCUCUGAAGUCUACAGACAAUUAAUUUGUCUUCAUGCUUGGUUUGUGCUUUGACAUGCACUGUCAACCCUGGGAACUUUAUAUAGACAGGUGUAUACCUUUUCAAAUCAUGUCCAAUCAAUUGAAUUUACCACAGGUGAACUCCGAUUAAGCUGCUGAAACAUCUCAAGAAUGAUCAGUGGAAGCAGAAUGUACCUGAGCUCGAUUUAGAGCUUCACAACAAAGGCUGUGAAUACUGAUGUACAUGUGAUUUUUCAGGUUUUUAUUUUUAAUAAAUUUGCAACAAUUUCAAAAACUCUUUUUUUCACAUUGUCAUUAUGGGGGAUUGUGUGUAGAAUUUUGAGGAAACAAAUGAAUUUAGUCAAUUUUAAUUAAGGCUGUCACAUGAAAAAGUUAUUAAGCUCUAUGAAAACUUUCCAGAUGCACUGUACAUCAUUAUUAUUCAAUAUGGAAAAGAAUUAAUCGAGAUCGCAUUUUUGCCAUUUUGGCGUUUUUUAAAUUUCAGUAUCGACUGGUACCGAAUUCCAGUAUUAUGAUUCGUGAUAACCCUACUUCACAUCCUAGCUAACAGUUAAAUGCAAUUUGCAUCUUGUGUUAAACUGAAGGACUGCAGAAUGUAAUGCCCAAGAGAAUUAAGCUAUUUUUUUAUGUGCAACAGCUUAUUUUCAGAUGACGAAUGGUUCUUAAGAACCACCUUUAUGGUAAAAAAUCUUACCUUGCCUAACAUCACAACCUCCGGAACGAUAUUUAUACUUACUUCUGAGUAAUGUUAAAUGAGAUUUUUAAAUCUAGAAAAUCUGCUCACUGCAACUCAUGCAGAAUGAGCUGUUCUUCUGCAAAUUGUUCUAUUAAAUGGUGUGGUGUAUAAUAAACAGCCAUUAACUUGCUAUUAUACUUUGGUCACUUUUUACAAUAAGGUUCCAUUAGUUAGUUAAAGGGGCAGCACGGUGGCAAAGUGGUUAGCACUGUCGCCUCAGCAAGAAGGUCGAUGGUUCGAGGCUGGGCUGGGCCAGUUGGCAUUUCUGUGUGGAGUUUGCUUGUUCUCCCCAUAUUCGUGCUGCGGUUUCCCCCACAGUCCAAAGACAUGCACUAUAGGUGAAUAGGGUAUAUGCAGAGCUAGUGUUUCUUCCCAUGCUGAUAAACUUCCGGUGAACAAUUAAUGUGACUUUUUUCAAUUUUAUACGAUUCCUUUUACAGCGUCGAUGUUGUAAUAUGAUUAAAAUAUAAUCAGUUAAAUAGACUUUGGCAUUCAUUUAGUUGUGUAAACCGAGAUGGAAAGCCAUUUACUUGCACGCGCCCGUCAGAAUCAGCAGGCGAGCGCAGAAACGCCAUUGGAAAUACAAAGAAAUUUUUAUAUUUUAAAGACAUAGCGCGGAACAAUGUAUUUAAUGCAGUGCUUCUUCUACGUUCUGAGACCCACUUUAUAUCAUAUAUCAUUUAGUCAGUGAAGAUUGUUGAUUUUUUUUUUACGCCAAUUUUGUAACGACAUACAGUUCACCGGAAGCUAUGGCCCAGGUUACUGACAAAUUAAAAGUCCUUUUACAUGCUUCUGCAUAUACCCUAUUGGGUAAACAAAAUUGGCCGUAGUGUAUGAGUGUGUGUGUAUGGGUGUUUCCACGUACUGGGUUGCAGCUGGAAGGGCAACCUAUGCCAGAAUAGUUGACGGUUCAUUCCGCUGUGUCAACCUCUGAUAAAUAAGGGACUAAGCUGAAGUAAAAUGAAUGAAUGAGUUAGUUUUAGUUGAUGUAUUUACCAACACAAACUAAGAAUGAACAAUACUUGUACAGUAUUUAUUAAUCACAGUUCAACCUUUAAUAAUGCGUUAUUAAAACCGAAGUGCUUGUUAAUUUAUUAUUGUCAUUAACAUUAAUAAAGAUGAAUAAAUAAAUGUAUUGUUUGUUCAUGUUAGUAAAUACAUUUACUAAUAAAAUCUUAUUGUAAAGUGUCACCAAAAUAUUAUACAAAAAUAAUGCCAUUAGCAACUAUUAUAACCUUAACUUUUUUAACCUUUGAAUUACUAACGUGCCCUCAACAAAUGCAUUUUCUGCCCCUGAUGUGCCCUUUUAACAUUUGUUACGUAAUUAGUUAGUUUUUCUUUUUCAUAAUUAGGCUUUUAUUUUUAUACCACUGGACUUACAAGACGUUUAUAUCAGACUGUACAUAUAAGAAAGCUCUCUCUGUGUCUUUUUGCACAUAUUUGCAUACUUAUCAAAAGUCACACCUCGCUCAUCUCUCUCUUUCUCUGCACCUGUUUCUCAGUUCCUGUUUCAGUUGCUUAUUAUAUGUAAGUGUUUCCAAUGUGAAAAGAAUGUUAUUUAUUUUUGUUUAUAGAAGAGAAGAAAGUACAGACUCAUGCUGACUAUGCUGGGCAUUGCCAGUUUUCAUAAAUAUUUUGCAAAAAUAAAAGUAAAGAAGUUUUUUGGUCCCCUGUUCUGCACAGAGAAAAACUCAAACUGUAUCUCUGAAGAUGUAUAAUAAAAAUUGACUUUGACACAC